GACAGAGUGAUCGUGCCGCUCCCGCACCCUCAGGACAUCCGGUAUGUCCUAUUCAGGUAAUAUAGCCAUUAAUUACAGCAGAGACGAAAGACGGUAUGAUGCAGACGCGGUCACCCGCACCGUUGCUUCAGCAUAUGGUCCAAUCAGGUCCUCGGAGAUGCUAACCCUGACGUGCUUGUACAUUGCAGAGCAAGGGCGGAAAACGGGAAUGAUGGUUUUCCGCGCUUGCGAUCUGGCAGUAAUUCCGCGUCCCGUUCGCGCCUGGAACAGGGGUCAACCGGAUUGAACCGGUCACAGGUGGCCUUGUGAGGACAAAACGCUGAACCACGUCAUGUUGCGGUAGAAAGAGC